AUGGAGUCUGACGGUGUUAUUGUUGAACCUGCUCACCCUGUUUCUGAGGACAAUGUUUCAAACGUUGACGAUUUAAAGCGAAGGUCUAAAGGUGAUGGUACUGAGAAUGGCGAUGCCACGUCAAACAGUCAGACCGAAGAGCUGAUCGUUGGGAAAGCUAAAGUUGUGGACAUUCCUGAGAAAAUUGCUGAUGAAGGUCCCGAUCAAAGCGGUGAUAAAGAAGAAUCCUCAGACAGCAACGGGACUACGGAAUCUAAGGUCUCCGAUGCUGAUGAACACGACGAAGAAACCAAAGCAGAGGAUGAACUGAACGGUAGCUUGGAGGCGAAGGAUACUAAAUGCCCUGACUCCGACGACGAACAGUCCGCUCCAAACUCUGAGAGCAAUGAGGAAGACAAAGAAUAACUAUCUGCAUUUUUAACUCACUGCAUUUACACUUUUUGAUAACACUUUUCAUCGUUUAUAACACCGCACUGUCUUCUCCUCGGUUGUUG